AUGUGUAAAGUCGAUAUUUUUUUAUUUAUUAGUAUAUUUUACUUUUUGUCUGGCGUUAAUGCCUACACUCCGCUUCCUGGGGUAUAUUGGUAUUCUUAUGUUCUCGCCGACACUAAGCUUUAUUUCAAAACUGAAGAAUAUUCCAACCAGUUCUUUUACCUUGACGUUUCCAAGCCGUUCAACGCAGUAGAUACCUCAAGUAUUCCUUGGGUUGAUAUUACACUAACUAGCAUUCCUACAAGAAACAGGGACGCCGCUUGUGCGGGUGGGAUCAACAAUAGUUCGAUUUUUCUGUUCGGUGGAAAUAUGGACGCAUCUGAUCCAUACGGUCUCGUUGCUCAGUACGAUAUCAUUCAACAACAGUGGAAGAAACCUACGAUCUCAGGAAUCGUUCCAAAUAAUAAACCAAAUUCUCUCCCUUGUACAAGCACAAAGGAUGGGUCGAUAUAUAUAUUUUCAACUGAUGGAACAACGUCCGUAUCUGAAAUGAAUAUUUUGAAUACUAUAUCCUUAACUUGGUCUUCGGGAUCGAUAAUCAAUGCACCCUUGCGGGCAGGCGUCGCUGGAUUCACUGCAAUACUUUUAUCUGAUGAUACUAUUUUAUAUAUUGGAGGAGAAGAUGCUAAAGGGAAUAGAGCGUCAUGGGAUAAGCUGUCACUAUACGAUAUCAAAAAUGACACAUGGAAUUACAUUACAACCUCGGGCGAUAUUCCUUCUCCGCGUGAUAGUCAUACUGCUAUUCUGACUUCAGAUGAUCGCAUUAUAAUUAUUGGUGGAUCCCCUGUUAGCCAAUUUAUUGUGUUAGAUAUCAAAACCUAUGAGCGGUCAUACCCAUCAAUUGAUUCUCUUAAUGGAAGACCAGCUCCAAAAAUUAAAUUUCACACUGCAACAUUACUUGGAAAAUAUAUUUUAAUCGGAUUUGGUAUACAUGAACCAAAUACUUAUCAAGCAGAUAUUUAUCUAAUGGAUAUUAGUGACAGAAAUAAUUACAGAUGGGCUAAUUUAUACGAUCCAUCAA